AAAUUUUUACAACCAGGAUUCAGGGCACCACAACCACACAUCUUAAGACCCACCACAGUUGAAAGACAUGUCUGAGAUACUAUCAGCUGAGAAGGCAACAAAGUUCUUACGAUCCAAAGAGAGUGUUGUUCAAAUAAUUGAAACAGCCAACAAGAUCUUGGACGGCAAGCUAGACAUAUACUUACCUCAAAAAGAAAUAUUCAUUCUUACUUUGUUAGUAGAUAGAUUGAAUGAUCGUUCUCAAUUUAACAAUUGGAAGUAUGAACCUUGUGUUUGGGAGUUAUUGACUAAAGUAUGGUACAGAUGUAAAGAACAAAGGAAUCAACUCAUUCAAAAAUUUCGUAUUAUUGAAGCUGUCUGUAAUAUUCUUGACAAGGGAAAUGAAAAAGCUAUCCAGUCUGCAUUAGCUGGUCUUGAGUUGAUCUAUCGCGAGGCAUAUGUUGAAAUUGACGAGAACUCGACUUAUAUGUUAUUAAAAAGCUUUGUGCAAGCUGCACCUGAGAAGUCUAGUGAACUACUUUUGAACUGGAAUGACCUCAUUAGAGACAUUUACAAUCGUAUAUCAUUAAAAUCAACUCGUGAAAUUUCCAAAAAGACUUAUUCUAAAUUCUUCCAAGAUUGUGUUCCUUCGAUUUUGUCAUAUUUAACAACCCCAAAUGCAUCCGAUAUUUUUCAAGAUAUUCUCAAACAAGAAAUGUUCAAUGAGGACCUUAUUGAAUAUUUAAAUUCAAACAUAGAGAUAUUAUUAAAGAAGGAUACGGAUAUUCCUUCUAUUGCAUUACUUUACAAACUAGUGGUUGAACAAUUAGCAUCAAAACAUAUGGAUAUUUGCCAACAAAUUUACACAAUUAUAACCUCAAAUAAAAAGUAUAGCACCCUUUCAGAAUCAUUGUUGUCAGAAUUGGCAAGUUCUCAAAAAACAUUAACUCACGAAUUUGCUUUAUCGGUAUAUGGCAAUGAAGUGGACGGCAAAAUGUUCAGAGAUAUUAAUUGGAAUAUGGUUAAAUAUUUGUUUACACUAGAUAAUGACCUUGCUGUGGAAAAGUCUUCAUUUGUGCUUGAAGGUUAUUCUUCUAAGAUGAAUAUUGAAAUAUUUGAAGUCGGUAAAGCUAUUGUGACUGCUUAUGUGAAUAACAGAGAAUUGAUCGAAUUCAUAACUGUGGUUUGGCCGCAAGCUAUUGAAUCUGACAAGGUUUGGAAAUCAAACGAGUUUGUUAAUUUUGUUUCAACAACCAUUAGUACAUUCACCAGCAAACAACUUCUUUACGUUAUUGAACAGGGUUUUAAGUUAGACAAACAAUAUCAAGAAUCUGUAUUUACAGCUUUAACCACAGGUUUAAUUACCUGCACUUUUCAAAUGAUAGAAUCGGUGAAAGAAAAGUUCAUUGAAAACUCACAAUUCUUUAAUUCAUCUGAUUUCUGGCAUGUUAGAUUCAAUUUACUUUGUUUGUAUGGAAAGGAGUACAAGGUGUCUAAUAAAAUCAUGAAAACAGUUAAUGAAAAGUAUUACUUCUUUACUUUAUUUAGAUUUUUGGAGUUGGGUGUUGUUCAGGCUAUUGGUGAAGACGACCAAAAGGCAUUUUUGAAGUUUUUAAAGAGUAAUUCUGAUUUGGCAACCACAGUACUCAAGAGAUGGCUUGUGAUUUUGAAUAACUUCUUUGACCAGCAAUUUCUUGUCAAGCUUCUUGAAUUGUUAUUCACAAAGGUGAAGGUAUCUGAAUUAAAUCAAACAUUUUUUGAACAAAGGAAAUUAACAUCAGCUUUGUUUAAGUUGAUCAUGAAGGAUUUACAAGGAAAUAUGAGCUAUUUAGAUUCUAUUCCAAUUCACUGUAUAUCAAGAACCACAAAGAAGGAUCUUAUGAAUCAAUUGUUUCAUUUAUACAUAAAGCGAAAUGAAAGCACACUUGACUUUAUCAAGUACUUACUUUCACAACCAUCAUAUCAAUCUGAACUUGAACUUAAGUUCGAGAAUCUUAUAAAAUUGGUUGAAUCUAGAUCAACUACUUCAUUUGCAAUUGCUCGUAUAAUUUGGUCAAACCAUAUUCAACAAAUUAAGGAUAAUGAAGAUUAUGUUAUUAAUGCUAUUAAGUUGAUGACUAAAUAUUUGAAGAAAGCCAAAACUGCGAUUUCUGGAGAAUCUGAACUAUGUUUAAUAAUUCUUUCCGCCAAAGUUCCUGAAGAACUCGAAUCCCAAUUUAAUAACUUUAAACAAGUGUUCAUUGAAACCUGUCUUUCAAACUUGGAUAAACUGGAUGAUGAAGCGACUGUCAACUGGAACCUACGUGCAUUAAUCACAGUCUCUGAUGAAGUGGACUACUCCAAAAUCUUCCCCAAAUUACAGAAAGUCGCAGCUGACGUUAAAACAAAUGAAAUGAAAUCUAUCCUUUUCAAGUUAAUUUGUCAUACUAUUUCAAUUGAUUUGAACCAUGCAAUCUAUGUGUUAAGUUUAUUUACUGCUUUACAUUCUGAGGGAGUUGGUAAUCUUGAUAUGGAAUUGUUCUUCAAUAGAUUGUCCAGUGACAAAGAAGUGUAUUCGGAAGUAUUGGACUACUUUGUCAAUUCGCUUGAUGAGGUGAAUGAAAGCUAUGUAAUUAUUGCUUGUCAUUUCUUUUCUAACAUAGACAAAGAGAAUUAUUCAAGUGUAUCAAUUGCCAAGUGUAUGACAUUGUUCAUUCAAGCUAUAAAACAGAAGAAUAAUUCUAUCCCUUUGGUUUUGGAAACUUUGAGAACUGCACUUGUUGACCAUGCUUGGAUUUUCAACCAAUACUUACUUGAAAAGACAUUAGUCAUAAUUGCAUACUUGGCACAUUCAGCUACUGGUCCUGACAUCUACAUAUUGACUACCCAAGUUACUUCACAUAUCUUACUUUACCAUAGAUUUAAAUUAUCCACCAGACAUCAUAUACUCCUUCACAUAGCCACCGAAUUACUUCGACCAUUCUGUCAAGACUCGCCAAUUGCAAGUAGUAGAGAUGCUGCUGCUUCGUAUUCCAGAUUGUUAGGUAAUCUUUGUGAACCUACUCAAAGAGCAACCGUGGCUGACUCUACAAAGUUAACCACCACUGCCAACUUAUUUAAGCGUGCACUUAGAAAACACUUACCAGUAUUGAUGGUAAACUACAUCUACUUCAACUUGAAAUUCCAUUUCACAAAACAAGUCAAUGAUGAGUUAGUAACUGGUAUCUACAGUAUCUUUGACGUUCUUUCACAAUCUGAAUUAACUUUGGUCAAUGCAUCAUUGGACAAUCCGGGUAAAUCAUUUUACAAAACAUUGUACAAUGACUAUAAGGAAUACGGAAAAUGGAAAGAUCAAUAAGUGUGUUGCUUGUAUAUACAAAGUCUAUAAAUAUCGCCCUGCAUCAUUAUAUAACAAUUUCCCUAAAUUUUUCCUUGCCGAAAGACCAAGGUGGGUCAUGAAUUCCCAUAUUGUAGCAUUGAAAGUUUCUAUUCUAUGCUGUUCUCUUGCGUCCUUUUGAUCCUGUCCGUGAACAGUGUACUCAUAUCUAAGUAUAUCUUUUCGUGUGAUAAUUCCCACUAAUAAAUCAUCCUUCUCAACAAGGAUAUAUUUUGGCCCGAGUUUAACGAAAAUGUCGACUACUGAUUCCAACGAGGUGGAUAUGGUUAUGGAUAUUGGAGAUUUAUGCACCACAGGACUGAAAUCGAUUCUAUCUACUCCAGGAGCAUCCCAACUGCACAACAUACUUUCAUCAACUCCAUCAUAAUUAUUCAAAAUAUAUUCAAUUUCGUAUCGAGACACAUAUCCAAAUAUUUUUGGAUUAUUUCCAGAAUGAAUGAUUGGAAAUCCAUCAUAACUGGUAUUUUCCAAAAUAUGUUUCAAUUGAGAUAAUGGUAUUGGCUCAGCCGUACUGAAUGCAACUAUAACGGGAGACAUUGCUGCUUCUACGGUUGUACCAAAUGAGAACUCUUCCUUGGCAUCAAUUAAGGGUAACCCAUUGACAUUGAUCAUCUGAUCGGCAAUCCCACCUUUACCCCAUUUAUCAUUGACACUUUUGGUAAUUGCAACUACAAUCAUUGUAGGUACGAUAUAUCUUAAUGCUCCAGUUAAUUCAAACAUGAUGAUAACCACAGUUACGGUCAAAUCAGUGAUCCCGCUCAAUCCAGCGGCGGCACCCAAAAAUGCGUAAGUCCCUGGGAUAAUACAUCUUCCACCAUCAGCACAAGUUGAGAAAUAAAACGAAUCCUUGUGCUUUUGAUAGAUCAUAUCGACAAUUAUACCUAAUGCACGGCCAAAUGUUGCUCCCACAGCCAUUGAAGGAACGAAAAUACCAGCAGGUACUCGACAUCCAUACGUUAUAAUAACUAGUCCCAUACGAGCAAUGGUGGCGAAUAAAAGUGUAAGCAAUAAGGAAGUCUUGUUUGAUUUGGGAUCACAUAAUGGAUGAUGGAAAGUUUCUUCGCAUUCAUGGAAUAAAACUUGCAUUGAUUCUGUCAUUUCCAAAAGAAGAAAUUCAUUGAAGUACGCAAAACUAGCUGUGAGUAAUGCAAGGGUGAAUACUUCACGUACGGCAAAAUUUCCUAGAUAUUUCUUUCUGAAUGCUGCCAUUUGAAUAUUGAAUCUCGACACAAUAAUCCCAUAGAAUCCACCAAAUGUCCCAAGAAUGAUAUAUACUGGAAUUUCAAAAUAAUGCCAAUUGGUAUCAUAAGUGACUUCAAACAAGACUAAUUGACCUGUUCUAAAUGGAUUAAUCAUAGCUAAAGUGGUAACUGCAAUCAUGGCACAGAAGUAUGAUUUAACAAUGGUGGUUAAUUGAAACAUCGAAGUCAUUUCUUCAAUCGAGAAUAAUACACCACCCAUGGGAGAACCAAACGCCACUGCAACCCCGGCUGCGGAAGUUGCAGUCAAGAAUUCUCUCCCCUUUGAUGCAGAUUUCUUGUACUUUUGAAUCAGUUUGGCAAUGGAGUUACCAACACACACGGCAUAAUGUACACUAGGCCCCUCUUUACCUAAACUUAAUCCUGAUCCAAUAGCUAAGGGCAAUCCUAAACUUUUAAUGAUGAGCGUUUUCCAACCCAAAAAGCCAUCCAUUACAAAUCCCGAAAUAAUACAUUUAAUUUCCGAGAUCCCUGAUCCUGCUGCUGUAGGAGCAUAAAAUUUGACUAGUGUGGCAGAAGUCAAUGCAAACAAUAUCGAUAACAAUAAAAAUACAACGUAAUUCAUAAACUCAUAAUCACUCCAUUUAACCCAAUCGGUACAUUUAUCUUCGUCUUGACCCCAACAACAGAAUGCUCGACUUAGGUAGAAAUUCCCUUGACAAUGUCCAGUUUUGAUGUUUGCUAAGAAAGAGGUUAUCACAUUAAUUGCACUGGCAAUAAUACCAAUUGUGACCCCCAUGAUCCCUAAAACAAGCCAAUUAAGAAUCUGGGCAAACACUCUAUCUUUCAAACUGUUGGAUCUGUUUGUGAUAUGUUUAUUCUUGGCUAUUCGUUGUUUUUGUUCGUCCAAUUCAUCUUCAACCCAAUCAAUGGUACGAAAUUGAUGGAACCGCUGAACUUGACGGACGUUUUCUUGAUUCAACCAUUCUCCUGUUAUACGUGAUCUUACGUUACCUCCAGUUUCGGAUGACAACUGUGACUCCUGACUGAGUUGUUGGUAUGUUGUCAUAAUUGACUAAAGAAUAAAAAGUGUUGCCAAAACGUGGCAGUAUUUAUAUUUUUUUUUUUUUUGCUCACUAGGGUGGUAGUUCCCCUUUAGAUCUGAUAAGAAAGUUAAUGUGUUGCAAAUUAAAUUAACUAUUUACAAUAUUUAACCAUGUUGUUACGUAAGUCUUGUACUAAACCGUCAAAAUUAUCAUAUGGACAAUCAUCAAAAGAAUUAUCACAAUAGCUCAAUACAAAGUUCAUUCCACCAAUAGGUGUACUAACAACACUCAACAUAAAUUCAGCUGCAAAUGGUGCCAAAUCUUGAGAGAAAAUCAUAUUAGUGAUCUUCCAUUCGGUUGUUUUCGUAGGAUAUACUGGUAAGUUGAUGAAUCCUAGAUUGGAAAUCUUGAUUGCAUCAGCUUUUGGUUUGUUUAGUUGCAGAGUAAAGAACUCAAUGUUGUCAGAUUUCAAAUCUGCUAUAUCCUUAAAUGGCUUCAUUUGGUUCAAAGCUCGUGUGUUCUUGGUACCAGAGAUGAUAUUUGCGUUGAUGGAACGAGCUAAAUCCCAUGAAAACUCGGUUAUUGGUGGAUGGUUGUUACUGAACCCCAUGUGGGCUGGUGUUCCUAAAAUCUUGUAGUUUUUAUCAGCCAAGAUUUUGUUGUAUGGAGCUGUUGCUUCCCCAAGAUCACGAUAAUGACGACGUAAAGUCAUGGCUACUUUAUGUGUGGUAUACUCGGUAUCUCCGUAAAUUGGUUGUAAGGUGAGCGCUUCAAUCACUUGAAUGUAUGAAGUAAUAGAAACACCUUCCUGUUUACAUCGAGCAAGUAUAUGCUUGGUUUCUGUUGGUGUAAAGUUGAUUAAUUUAAAUGCUAAGGUGUAGUCCACUGAUGCAUUAGAUCUUCCCUUCCAUUUCUUUAAACCAGGUGGUGUUACCUUAUCGUGGAAAUUCGGAUCACCGUAACUAUAGUCCAAAUCAAUAUCUUCGAGAAAUAUAUCAACUGGUGGAGGUAAGGAAUGAUUUAAAUAUUUUAAAUCAUUUUUGUACUCAAAAAGUACAGUAUCAAAAGUGACAUCAGCAGGAACUGAGCCAUAAAGUGAAUCAUAUUGCUCGCCAGCUUCUUGACAAUAAGCUAGAUUUUCAAGUAGUAUUUCAUGAAUAUAGUUCCCAACCAACCCAUCAGCAAUUGUGUGUUCAAAAACGGCACAUAAGUCAAAAUCACCCACGAGUAUUAACUUGAACAAGGGAUCUUGACAGUACAAUUUGAACCUAAUUUCGUUGAUCUCCUUCAUGAAUUGUUCAUUAAUGACCCCAUUCUGCAAGUACUUCAGAUCGGUAAACGACAAAAUAUUACCUAAGGUUAAUCUCUUAAGCGGCUCAUACACAUACUCAACUGACCUAUAUUGUACAUUGGUAAUCAAUAAAUGAUAAUCAAUGACGGUCUUUCUAAUGGCUGCAAAUAAUAACCGUAAAUCCAGUCUAAGGUUUUGGUUAUAAGUUGCAGUUAAUUGAAAAUUACGGUACAAUCCAGAAGCAGUUCGGGACCGAAAGAAAUUCUCCGAAAAGCUUAAAGGACGGGUUACUAAAAUGUCUUUGUUUGUCAUUAAUGAAU